AUGGUGGACCCGAUGAAACAAAACCAUGCCAAAAUCCUGAGAAUGGCUGGGAUUGACGCCAAAACGAAGCGGGGUCUGUCGCCGAAUGGUAUGGCGAUCUAUCAGGAAGUGACUGCGAACAUGGACAAAUAUGACCGGCCGCCACAAAAGAAAGAUAAAAUCAGGGAAAAGCUAACGAAGCAAGAAGAUAAAGGAAGCAAGAAGUCGGCGGCUCAACCGAAAGACCACCCGCGUGAACCAUAUACGAAUGUGCCCAAGGAUGAAUUCUGUAUGGUCGCCGAUAGAACGAUUGAAAUCGACAAGAAUGACCUGAUUGUCAAUCGUCUCCGUACACUCGGAAAAGGAGCAUUCGGUGCUGUUUACGCUGGAGAAUAUAGA